GAUACAUUGGGAUUCAGUGAGUAGUGAUGCGUAAGAUGACAGCAGGUAUGUCUUAUGAGAAAGAAAAGAACGUCUAAAGUUGACUUGAUUAUUUACAUUUGUCCAUAAAAAUAUUUGAGUUGAUUGAUUUUACUAGUGUUUUCAUUGAGUAAAACAAAGUGUAAUCGAACUCAAUAAAUUUGCCGGCGAACUUGAAGUUUUAAAUCUUGAUUGAGGAAUUCUGUGUGAAUUAAUCGAUUCGAACAAACUCACCCAUGAAAGGAAUGGAGGGAGAAAAGUUAUCCCUUUUUUAGUACUAAUAAUUUAGUAAAGGAAGUGGGGAUAUGAUGAUAUGAAGAAGCGUUGACAAAACAAGUUUGAGAGCUUAGCUGAGAUGGAAGAAAUAGUAAUACUACACGAUGCCUUGAUUGUAACCAUGGAUUCACAGAAUCGCGUGUUCCGAAACGGUGCCGUUGCUGUGCGGGGCGACACCAUUGUAGCUCUUGGUCACUCGCAGGAUAUUAUUUCCCAAUUCUCAUCUCUUUCGCCUCAACUCAUCGACCUCUGCGGCCGCUUUUUGCUGCCAGGGUUGAUAAACACACAUGUUCACACCUCACAGCAACUAGCUAGAGGGAUAGCUGAUGAUGUUGACUUGCUAACAUGGCUUCACGACCGCAUUUGGCCGUAUGAGUCCAACAUGACAGAGGAGGAUUCUUACAUUUCCACUUUACUCUGCGGGAUUGAGCUAAUUCACUCGGGUGUCACGUGCUUCGCUGAGGCCGGUGGGCAGCAUGUCUCCGGGAUGGCUAGAGCCGUUGAACUUCUGGGAAUACGUGCAUGUCUAACCCAGUCGGUGAUGGAUGAUGGGGACGGACUGCCGGCAUCAUGGGCCACAAGGACUGCUGAGCAGUGCAUUCAGUCGCAGAGGGAUCUACACAAGAAACACCAUAACACUGCUGAUGGACGCAUCAGAAUAUGGUUUGGGAUAAGGCAAAUUAUGAAUUCAACAGACCGUCUACUUACAGAUACAAGGGAUGCAGCUAAAGAACUGAAUACCGGAAUUCAUAUGCAUGUGGCAGAGAUACUUUAUGAGAACCAACUUGUGGUGAAAAGAAAAGGAGUUGAUCAUGGAACUGUAUCAUAUCUCGAGAAAAUCAAGCUACUCCAGAGUAAUUUACUAGCAGCUCAUACAGUUUGGGUCGAUGAACACGAGGUUGGUUUGCUUUCAAAAGCAGGGGUAAAAGUAUCCCAUUGUCCUGCUGCUGCAAUGCGUAUGCUUGGAUUUGCACCGAUCAAAGAAAUGAUUGAUGCAGGUGUCUGUGUCUCUUUAGGAACUGAUGGCGCACCAUCAAAUAAUAGGAUGAGCAUUGUUGAUGAGAUGUACCUAGCUUCUCUGAUCAACAAAGGGCGAGAAGUUUUUCGAAAAGGAACGACAGAUCCUACUGCUCUUCCUGCAGAAACUGUUCUUGAAAUGGCAACAAUAAAUGGUGCAAAAUCAGUCCUGUGGAGCAACGAGAUAGGAUCAAUUGAGAUUGGAAAAAAAGCUGACAUGAUUGUGGUGAAUCCUUCUUCUUGGUCAAUGAUGCCUGUUCAUGAUUGCAUUUCCAGCCUUGUGUAUUGCAUGAGAAGUGAAAACAUUAGCUCUGUUAUGUGCAACGGUCGGUGGAUCAUGGUGGACAAGAAGAUUCUGACUCUAAACGAGGAACAAGUUGUAGAAAUGGCUAUGAAGGCCUCUGCUGAUGUUUUGAAGAGAGCUGGCAUUCGGAUUCCCACCAGAAUGAACUUUCUCUGACAUUGUUUCCUUUCCCUUACCUUCCAUCCAAACCAAUGCUUCAGGGAAUUAUCAUAUUUCCAUGAUUCAAUCCACUUUUCAAAGAUCACAUUGUUUGAAAUUCCUCAAUUAAAACUUCUUUUUUGGUUGUGAAGGAACUCUUUUGAUUGGACUGUUUUAUGUGGAUCAUACAAAAUUCUGUGAACAUUUUGGAAAAAUUAUUAUGUGCCAUUCAUAUUCAAAUA